GUGACGCCAGUGCGCAUGCGCAGUUUGUCUCCUUCACUUUGUCCUGUAGCUGUUAGUGUCAAAUCUGAAACACAGGACACUCAAAAGAUUCUGCUUUCAUUUAGCAUCAUCAUUCCAUUUCUUUCUUAACAGAAACAACAACAACAUCCACGAUAUAAUGGCUGUUCCUCCUGCAUACUCAGACCUGGGAAAAGCAGCCAAGGACAUCUUCAGCAAGGGUUACGGUUUUGGGAUUGUUAAAUUGGACCUCAAGACUAAAUCUCAAAAUGGAGUGGAGUUCAACACAUCUGGAUCCACUAACACAGACACGGGAAAAGCUGGCGGGAGUUUGGAGACCAAGUAUAAAAUGAGUGAUCUGGGAUUGAGUUUCAACCAGAAGUGGAACACAGACAACAUGCUCAGUACAGAAGUCUCUGUGGAAGACCAGCUUGCGCAGGGGUUGAAAGUGGCCCUGGAUACGUCUUUUGUCCCAAACACAGGUAAGAGGAGCGGUAAACUGAAGACCGGCUACAAGCGUGACUUUGUCAACAUGAGCUGCGACAUUGAUUUUGAGGGUCCGGUCGUGCACUCGUCAGCGGUUCUGGGAUACGAAGGAUGGCUCGCGGGCUACCAGAUGGCGUUUGACACGGCCAAGUCCAAACUGGUGCAAAAUCACUUCGCUCUGGGAUACAAGACCGAAGACUUCCAGCUUCACACCAACGUUAAUGACGGAGCUGAGUUCGGAGGAUCGGUCUAUCAGAAGGUGACUGAUCAGCUGGAGACGGCCGUCACUUUGUCCUGGACCACCGGCAGCAACAACACGCGCUUCGGAGUUGCUGCAAAGUACCAGCUAGAUAAAGACGCCUCGUUGUCUGCCAAAGUGAACAAUUCCAGCCUGAUUGGAGUUGGUUACACUCAGAGCCUUCGACCUGGGGUGAAACUCACUCUCUCGGCUCUCAUCGAUGGAAAAAACUUCAACACCGGCGGACACAAGGUCGGACUGGGUUUUGAGCUGGAAGCGUAGCUGCCAUAGUGCAAAAGACACUGAAGACGAGAGACCCGGUCCUCACAACCCUCCUAGCACCCGAUGACUAACAACACUUAGCGGCAUGUUGAUGGUUUUUGCAAGUCUGUGGGAGUCGAGUGAUUCUGAUCUGAUCUGAUCUGGCCUUCUAAGGGAAAUAUUUGCCGGUCAGCUAAUUUAUUUAAUGAAUGUCGUAUAUUUACCGUAGACCACCUGCAGCAAACCAAAAUACACAAGUAGUGGUAGAUUUGCAAGCACAGUAGAAACAUUUGGAGUGUUUCUCUGGUGAUGUCAGUGCAUGCUAAGCACUUCAAUUUGUUUUAUUGCGUUGAUGAGUGAAGGUCAGAAAAUGCAUGAUGGUAGUUGAGAUUAUUUCUCGGGUUGCAGCUUUAGAGUGACGCCGCACUUAUAGAGCUUUAGGCAUAGACAGCUCACAGGAAACUGACAAGACAGCAUGUGUAUUUUUAGAGCUUGCAAUACUUUCUUAUCUUACACACUCAUUGAUGGGUAGAAAGCAACUCUUUACUGUGGGAAAAAUCAUGCUAGUUAGCAACCCACUUCAAAUGUGUUCUGGUGUACAAAACAGCAAUUUGAUCAUCAAACACUUUAUGAGCACAGGUUUCAAUGCGUUGUACAUACCAACUGCUUUUUCCAUAUAUAUAUUGCCCAAAAGUUUGGACACAUUGCUAUAUUUUUGAAAGAAUGCCUGAAUUUUGAUCAAAAAUCUAUAAUAAUAAUGAUUUCUGAAGGCUGGAGUAAUGGCUGAUGAAAAUUCAGCUUUGCAUCACAGAAAUAAAUUAUAUUUUAAAGUAUAUUGAAAUAGAAAACCCUAAAGCCCAAAGUAUAGUUAAUUUUUUGCGCGUACGCGAGGGUCGGCGUACAGUGUGCAUGGCACAAAUCAAGUCCCCCCAGGAAUCGGGUCUCCUUUAGGACCCCAAGUGAUCCCAUUGGUUCAAUGAACUUUUAAUGGGUAAUAUUUUUUGCACCUGAUUAUAAUUCCUGCAAAAGUCACGUUAUGAUUUAUAUCAUUUAAAAUGUGUUAUAAUGACCAUUAAUGUUUUAUAAAUUACAUGAUUCAUAUAUACUAGUAUAUAACUGAAGCUAUAGGUUUUAAAAUCAAGCAUUUCUCGUUCUGUUUUUUUUUUUUUUUUUUAGUUGGCUUUUGUACUAGCAUGGCAUACGUCUACCCGAUUAACCUGCUAGAUUAGUUUAUAUUAUAUGUUUUUUGUUUCCAAUAUCAUGCAAUGCAUAGGCAUUCAUUUUAGAUUUGUGCACUUAAUGUAA